UCUUGGACUCCUGGUCAAUCACAAGCCUCGCUCGGAAGUUAACCAAGCUUGUGUCAAAAACAAGGGUUUGUUUUACAAUCGAUGUACAGCGUAAACCGUAUCAGUAUCUUUACAGACAGAGCAACGGUACCGCACAGGCUCGUUAUCGGAUUUCCAAAUGCUUUCAUGGUCUCCUGGCAGCGUCUGAAUGGGAUCGGCUGUCAGACACCAGGACUUAGCCUUGAAUGGGUUUAGCUAAUUAGCUUGCUUGCUAGCUGGAGGCCGUCUGGUUUUCUUGUAACAAUAAACGCAGCUUGUCUUUAAUUCUAACAGGUAAUGUGAGGUGUCAGAAAUGAAUUAGCGUGGCUUAGCUUUAGCAUUAAAUACCGUCAUACAGACGUGUAAUGUCUUAACAUGAUAGUUGUACUGGAUAAUCAGCUAGACAGUCUUGUAGUGUUUACUACCAGAUAGACUUAAGUCUGUCUUUGGUUAAACGAUAUCACAGUGUGCAGUGUUACCGCGUUAGUUAACAUAAAUUGUGUAUAAACGCCGAAUUCACGUAUCAUUUAAAUAUCAUUAAACCACAGGGAGGAUUUUACAUUAGCUGUAUUUAUCGGAUACCGGUCAGUAAAGGGUUAUAUUAGCCACCGAGCUCAUGUUCAGGGUGUUGUGGAGAAUCUUUUCAGUGGGCUUCUGUGGUGUUUUUGAGUUGUGGGCUUACACUCCAGCUCUGUUGCUUCAUUAACUAAUGAAGUAUAAUCCAUAGGCUGGUAAAAUAACCGGUUUGGGUUGUUAAAAUCGUUAGCGGGCCACUGUGUGGUUAAAUUUGACCUCGUUUCAAUUAAUUGGUUACAAUCGCUUACAAUGAAAAACUGUGAAUACCAACAAAUUGAUCCCAGAGCGCUCGGAACCGCAGCGUCCACACCAGCUUCCACUCUACCACAUCCGAGGAAAGAGCUUCCUCAUCCGAGGAGAAAAUGGGAAGUGUUUCCUGGAAAAAACCGCUUUUACUGUAAUGGACGCAUCAUUGUGGCGCGUCAGUGCGGUGUGCUGCCUCUGACCCUCAGCCUUAUUGUCCUCAACACUACCUUAUUCUUCAUCUUCGAUUGCCCUUUUCUGGUGGCUCACCUCACCAUCUGCAUCCCAGUGAUUGCUGGAGUGCUUUUUCUCUUUGUGAUCAUCACCCUUUUUCGCACCAGUUUUACAGACCCAGGGAUCUUACCCAGGGCUUUACCAGAGGAGGCUGCUGACAUUGAGCGCCAAAUAGAUAAUUGCGGCUCAGCUACAUAUCGACCCCCACCUCGAACUAAAGAGAUCCUUAUAAAUGGACAGCUGGUCAAACUCAAAUACUGUUUCACCUGCAAGAUGUUCCGUCCACCCCGAACAUCACACUGUAGUCUCUGUGACAACUGUGUAGAGCGCUUUGACCACCACUGCCCAUGGGUAGGGAAUUGUGUUGGAAAGCGCAACUACCGCUUUUUCUAUACUUUCAUAGUUUCAUUGUCCUUCCUUACCUCCUUCAUUUUUGGCUGUGUGAUCACGCACCUCACUUUAAGAUCACAAGGUGGGAAAGGCUUCGUACAUGCCUUACAGGAGAGUCCAGCUAGUGUUGUGGAACUGGUUGUUUGUUUCUUCUCUAUCUGGUCUAUCCUGGGUCUGUCAGGCUUCCAUACCUACUUGGUGGCUUCCAACCUCACAACUAAUGAAGAUAUUAAAGGCUCUUGGUCAAGUAAAAGAGCUGUGGAAGAAUCUGGGAACCCUUACAGCUAUAACAGCAUCUUCACUAACUGCUGUGUGGUGCUGUGUGGGCCAAUGCCUCCCAGCUUGAUUGACAGAAGAGGGUUUUUACCUCCUGAUGUCAUCCCUCAAAUGGUCACAUCUGAAACUGAGAUCCAUCCUUUUAUGAAGAAGAAUGACACCAACGUGUGCACACAGGGUGCCAAGGAGCUUUUGGAGUCAGUUUCUCGCUCCUUGGUGGUCAAGAGCAGCUGCAGCUCAGCCACAUGCAAGACCACUCAAGUGACCCAGGAGAAUCUGCUAACUACUACUGUCUCGAGCAAUUUCAAGUCACAAUCUGGUAGGCCUUCUACCAGCUGCUUUGGAAGACAGAAACCCCAUCCGACGGACAGGGCCUGCCCUCAGCAAAUGAGCAAAAAAUCCACACUGGAUGCUCAGACACUUAGUGUCCAUCUUUCACUCUAUUCUAUUAGCCAUGGUUCUCUCAUUCUCAGUGAUGCUUCUGACAUGGGCUUUCUCCCUCUGACCUGAGUACAGAUGCACCAGCCCCAGCAGACAAGGCAUAGCACCCGUCCCCCAUUCACUCACUGCACUGGAAUAUACAUGCCCUGUUUAAAAGUGAGAAAUGGUUAACAGAUGGCAUUUCACUCAGGAAGUUCUCAGGGGUCACGCUGUCUCUAAACAGUGUGGGGGAAAAAAAUGCCUGUUGGACCUAAGCUUUAUUUAACAAAUUUGUAAACAGAUUGAUUUAGUGUAAAUGCUGGUUCUCUGUUUCGUCUGCAGUGUGGGAAUAGUGGGAAGCACAAUACACGUUUGACAAGAAAGGGUCGUUUCCUGUUCUCUCCACACUGUGCACAGCUGUGUUUGGUGUUCCGCUAAGACUUGAGCCAUAUUUAAGAUUUCCACAUUGCCUUGCAUUCAUAGCAGUAACCUUUGUUUAAAGAUCAGAGUUGUGUAAGGGAAGUCUCCUGACAUAUGCAGUCCAAAUAGGCCUCAAAUACGGUAUAUAUCCAUUAUGAUCUGUGAAAUGCAGAAAGAGAUAAGUAAUCAAAUUUAAUUUGUACAUGAUUACUUCAUGAGUGAAUGAGUGUUCAAGUAUGUAUCAUGAGAGUGGUAAAGGCUACUUAUUUGUGUAUUGACGGUAAUUUGUUGGUCAGUUAUUUAAGCUCUGGAAGUAAAUGACUAGUAAGUGGUCCUCAAACCUUUAACUUCAGCAUUGGAGUAGUUACAUAAACGGAUGUGAGCUCCUCCAAUAUUAUCAGUAAGAGAAAAUGGGACGGGAGAGUUGUAUCUCUAUUUAGAAGGAUAUAUCAUUGAAGCAAAACUUUGCAGCAUGUGUUUGGGUUAAAGCACCAUGCUGAGAAAGUGACAUUCACUUUGCAAACAGUGUUCUUGGUCCUGGUCUUAAUAUCUUAAAAAAAAAUAAUAAUAAUAAUCCAGAGAGUGGAGUAUUUUUGUUUUGUGCUGCACAGUACAGUGUAUCGAUUGUACGCAAGUGUAGUGAAACUGUCCUAGAAAACUUGGACUUCAUAUAAAAGCAAAAAGAAUUUUAUAAAUUAUACCUGAAGUAUGCGUGUUUGGUAAUGUUUUACUGUACUGUUCAUUCUACAUGUAAACAAAAAUAUUCAUUAAAUGUUCAGCUGUGUAUACUCUGAAGAUAUGCAGACAAGUUUGCGCACCAUUGUCUGAAGAUUGUUUUUGGUGGUUGACAUGAGUUGUAUAUUUUUGUUGUGUUUUUUUUAUUUUUAAAUGUUGGUUAGUAGAUAUUUUGUUGUACCUAAACCAGAAGUAUUAAAUUCAGGGAUAGGUUUGCAAGAAGAAUGCAAAUAAAGAUGUGAUUUAGUAAAAGGCAGACAAUUAAUCUGACAAAAAAGGCGUUAUAUGGGCUUCAGAAAUGAGUUGAGAUGAGAUGAGAUGUACAUUUAUUGAUCCCCCAUAGGGGAAAUUCAAAUUGACACAGCAGCACAAGUAGGAUGAGUAACAUCAAAGAAAGAAAGAAAAUAAUUUCCAUAAAUACCUAUAUAAUUGAAAUAAAUAUUAGAAGUUGAGAGAACUAUUAACUUUAAAACAGUUUUACAACAACUUUGCUGGAAUUCACUGCAUUAUAUUGAGGGAAUUACUGUAGGAGAGAUUGAAAAUGAUGAACAGAAGCUGGCUCGUGGUUUCAAUGUUUUCACAGAAGUGAAACUUGUCCAAAUGUGAUUGUCAUGUGAGCAUGUUGACAUCACACAACAUACCAUUACUGUAGGUUUUGAGAAACAUAACACUUGAUUGAAACUGGGGCUGUGAGAAUGUGUGUUCUAUCAUAUUUUUAGGCUGGUCUCAUAAUUUAUUUUGCAUUAAUACUACUUCAGUUUAGAAGUAACUAUGCAAGUGUGCAUAGCCAAUACUGUAAAAGUGAUUGUUCCAUUACUAUAUACAGUACUGUGCAAAAAUCUUAGGCUCAUGCAAAGAAAUGUUGUUAAGCAGCGAGGCCAUCAGGCCAAAAGAAAAAAUGAAACACUACAUUAAAAAAAAAAAAAAAUACUAUAAAGGACAGUAAUAAAGUAAACAAAGUAAAUAUUUGUUAUGACAGCCUUGUGAUUUAAAAACAACAGCAAAAAAACAUCAAUGUUCUCUGGGUACAAUAUGUGCAGUUUUAUAAGGAAUUUGAUGUUCAUCAGUCACCACUUGUGGCACUCUGAUUGAUUCCUGAAAACUGGUUGUCAACACUAGAUGGCACAUUUAUUCUUCACUAUAAACAAAUGACCUGAUUGGCCAAGGCAAGACAGUCCAGAAUCUCAGGCCUAAGCUGCUCAUGUCCUGCACUACUGAGUGACUUCCAUGCUCCAGUGAACAUCUCAUUAAGAGUUUGAUGAAGUGAUGUGUGAAAGAGCAACAAAAACAAGCUGUGCCGUUUUUAUUUAUUUAUUUAUUUAUUUAUUUUUAUAAAUGAAUCUAGAUUUGACCCGAUAAAUAUCUUCUCAUUAAAGUUACAGGCUGUUCUACUUGAGCCUUAGACAAACAGUGCUGGUUCUUUGCCAGGUAUUUAUUCUUAGUUCUGUCUUUUGUCUAUGUAUGCAUUUUUACUUUUUAAUAAAAACAAAUGUAGCAAACAAA